CUCGCUAAUUAUUGAAUGUUCCCAUGUUGUGAAUGAGGCGCGGCUUUCGUUGGUCCAGGCCUCCAGUUCACCGCCGUCCUUUACUUCCACAAUGCUCGGUCACCCGUCAACCUUAUGCAACGUCUGCUCUCUCUCCAUCCGAAUUCAAUUCCCUACUCAAUGCAAUCACCAACAAUGGCUGCUCCAGGUGUGCCUCUCAAGCUCAUGCCCAGAUUGUCAAGAAUGGACUCGUUUCUGUUCCUUUCCUCCACCGUGGUCUCAUGAACAUGUACGCCAAAUGCGGUCUCCUAGAAGAGGGUUUGCUCAUUUUUCAUGGCACAGAUUGCAACGACGUCAUUUCGUGGACGACCAUCAUCACCGCCCUUUGCCAGUCUAGUCGGCCGCUGGAAGCGCUCUCGUUCUUCUCUAGAAUGAGGCAGACGAGCGUGUCGCCGAACCACUAUACCUUCUCGGCCAUCCUCCCCGCUUGUGCUGAUAUAGGGGCGCUGCCGUGUGGGAAGCAACUGCAUUCUCUCAUCCAUAAGUCUGGUUUUGCGUCAGACAUCUUCGUUGCCAGUGCACUUAUUGGUAUGUACUCUAGAUUAAUGGAUUUGGAGGAUGCGCGUAAAGUGUUCGUCCAAAUGCCCGAGAGAAGUAUCGUUUCGUGGAACACCAUGAUCGUGGGAUGCAAUCAUAGUUGCAUGUAUGGUGAAGCGUUCGAGCUCUUUUAUGGGAUGCUCAAGGAAGGGAUAAUGCCAGACCAGGUGAGUCUAUCUAGCGUCUUCAGUGCCUGCGCGAGCGCAAGGUGCUUGACUUUCGGGAUCCAAGUCCAUGCUCUUGUUCUGAAAUUCGGUUUGGAGUAUUUAGUAUAUGUUAGAAACGCAAUCAUUGAUAUGUACAGUAAGUGUGGGAGCUCGGAAGUUGCAAUAAUGCUGUUUGGUUGCAACGCAUCUUUUAGAGAUAUAGUAACGUGGAAUGUGAUGAUGAUGGGAUGGGCUGAGAGUGAGAAGUUUGAGGAAACCUGUAAAUACUUUUGGAUGAUGAGGGACAAUGGGAUCGUGGCAGAUGAGGUGUCGCUUUCCACUGUGCUUCACGCCUGUGCAAGUCUAGCUGCUUUAGACCAGGGAACUGUUAUCCAUAAUCUGAUUAUAAAAUCUGGGUUUGCAUAUAAUGCAUGUGUUAGGAGCUCCUUGACCACUUUUUAUGCAAAAUGUGGAAGCCUAAGUGAUGCAUACCUAGUUUUCAAUGAAACGAUGGACAGAAAUGUUAUCAUCUGGACAAGUAUGAUUUCUGCGUGUCAACUUCACGGCCUUGGCUAUGAAGUGAUUAAGCUUUUCAAUCAGAUGGUCUCUGAGGGUAUCAAACCUGAUUAUGUUACAUAUGUUUGUGUACUUUCUGCUUGUAGCCACAAUGGCCUUGUUGAAGAAGGGCUUCACUAUUUUCGUUCUAUGACUAAGGACCACGGUUUAAGACCAGGUUACGAGCAUUAUUCUUGCGUAGUUGAUCUCUUAGGUCGAGAUGGACAGCUGGUUGAGGCUAGGCGCUUCAUAGAAUCAAUGCCCAUGCAACCAGAUGCAUCAGUCUGGGGAGCUCUGCUUGCAGCUUGUCGAAAUUUUGGCAAUGUGGAAAUUGCAAAAGAAGUUGCAGAAAGGCUUUUUGAAAUAGAGCCAUAUAACUCUGGAAACUAUGUCCUGCUGGCUAACAUAUAUAUGUCUAAGGGGAUGUUGAAGCAAGCUGACGAAGUUAGGAAAUUGAUGAAGGAGAAUGGUGUAAAGAAAGAGACAGCCUGUAGCUGGAUUGAAGCAAGGAACAUAACUUACGUUUUUACAGCAUGCGAUAAGUCGCAUACAAGGAGCCGUGAAAUUUAUGAAAUGAUUCAGAUGUUGGUGGAUUUAGUAAAGCCGAAAGGUUAUGCUGCUGACAAGCAGUGUGCAGUCAAUGACGUGGGGGAUGAUAGUAAGGAGAAAAGUCUGUGGUAUCACAGUGAGAAAUUAGCACUGGCAUUUGGGUUGUUGACCAUCCCAGAUGGUGCUCCAAUUAGGAUAAAGAAGAAUUUGAGGAUCUGUGGUGAUUGUCACACUUUCAUGAAGUUAAUUUCAGAAUCUCUUGAGAGAGAGAUUAUUAUACGGGAUAUCAAUAGGUUUCACAGGUUCAGUAGUGGCAUCUGUUCCUGCAAGGACUUCUGGUGAGAAUUUCAUUCAGGGAUUAUGUAUGUUUUAACAUGGUUAUGGAAUAUGGUAAUGUUAUUUUGGGAUGAUAAUGGUUGUUCAAGUUUAACAUAUUAACCUACUAAUUAAAUUGGAGAGAAAUUCUCCAGGGGAUGAUGAUGGCAUGUGCUUUUAACAUGAUUAGCAUGUCAAUCUUGGCAGGAAGCACCGGCAAUAUCAGCUGCAGGACAAGAAUCCCUUUCGUUUUCACUUUUAGUUCCUGGCAUCCUGAAAUCUUGGACAGAGCAGCAGUAGAGCGGCAGCCUUCCAAGUUAGAUAAUGACCGAGAAGAGAAGUGCUUUCUGAGGAAGGAAAAUAAUAGAGGUCAAAGGAUAAACUAAGCGAAGUAGGUACGAUGAGGUACUUUCAUGACAAAAUUUGUUGAUCUAGAUCAUUCAUUCUUCUUGUCUCUCUAGCUCAUCCAACCUUGUCUGGCCUGCAAUUGUCAGAUAAAUUCUAUUCCUGUCUAGCAGUGAAAGUCAAGCAGGAAACUUGACGAGGCCAAGGACUUUAUGGUAUCCUGACUCAGGUGCCUCAUGUUUGAUACUGAUAAAUAAUUCAGCUCCUUCUUGAUUCAGCUGCAUCAUGUCUGGUGCUAUGCGAGGCUAACCACUCAAAGAAUUGAUCGUUAAGGAAACAGACUGGGUGAAGGGUUAAGUUGAGGGGUGCAAAAUGUAGUUAACAUCUCAUGCUGGCACCAAGUUUAGAAGGGUACAUGUUUGUUCUGCAAGGUAUGAAGCUUCUUGUGGGAUUCAUGAUGCGCUGGUGUAGUUUAGUUUCCAGUCAGUGUGGGCAACAUGCUUUAUUAUUUUUACCACUGCUGUAAGAAUGCAGCCAUGUCAGCGGGUUGCCAAUUUUAGUAGCUAUUGUCACGUAACAUAAAGAACAUCAAGCCUUUGAAGGACGUUGCAUACUUAUCAACCUUAUCUCAGGAUGUUCACUGUGACACUGAUCAUGAGAUCAGAUGUGAGUUUCUCUGGGUGCGGUUUCUUGUUUGACGUUGCAUGGUGAUGAGAGCAUGUAUUAUCUAACCGCAGAGGGUUUUAGUCUUUUGCAGUGCAUGGUUAUGAUGCACCCGAGCAAGUUUUUCAGUUUAGUUUAGUUCGUGUGGAAGAGAGAUUUAACUGUGCAGUCAAAGGGAGGAGACUGCCAGCUAGUUUCAAGUUGAGCGCUCGUUGCAUGAGACGGAAGCUUUACUGUAGUGUCAUUCAGGGGAAGCUAUGUAGUAUCCAGAAGAUCCAAUGGUAUAAGAAUGGAUUUGGUCAUCUGAUCAUCAAGCUCCACUUGCAACAGAGCUGUGUCAACUGUCUUACAUAUAAGUCAGUAUUAUUUGGUCACACUUCACCGUGGGAAACACUUUUCUUUUCUGGCUCUAAAAGCUAAAUCCAGUUAAAGCAGUUUGCCACUUAAAAACUUUGAAAGGAGUUCAUUGUAUCUCUUGAUAGCAUUGAGAAGCUUAUUAGUCUGUCCUUUUUUGUUUACUCAGUUAAAGACGCAGCCAGCAGUCCGUAACCCUCAACAAAUCGUCAGCUCGUCAAGCAAAAGAAUGACCUUAAUUCUUUCA